GUAUUUCACUUCUUCCUUUUGCACUUGAAAUUCUGCUAUAAUAAACAAUUCAUGGUGGUGGUGUUGGCGGUAGUGGGAAACACUUGUACGUAAUACACUUUCAACGUGUGUGCAGGGGAACCUACGGGCAGGCGCACACCGUGUAGCACGAGUAUAGUAUUGAUUGAGGCAAAACAGCGGCAGCAUCUAUUGAGGGAUCUACUCACCAAAACAUGGAGGAUUCAUCAUCGUCUAGUGUGCUUCUCGCCAUUUGGAUUUUAAUAUGCUGUACGAACGCCAAGGCCGCUAACAUCGCAUCAACUGAAUGGAAGGACUGGUAUGCUGCUCGUCGACAAUGUAAGGGGGAGCAGUUGGUCGAGUUUGUCGGUAAGAAUAAAACUGUUCGUACAGUGGUUCAGAACCUUAAUGGCGAACGCCACAAGCCCGCGGAACUGAAAAUGCAACACGUUCUGUGGACAGGAGGACACGAGGUAUACACACCAUGGAUAAGAGCCGAGGGUUGUCAUAGGGCUGAUAUAAACAUAAGCAACAACAACAAACCUAAAGAAAAGCAUACCUUCCGGAACAACCAAGCAUCGGUGUGUGCCAUGGCAUGUUCUAAAGGACUAUUCCUUCGUUUAAAUGGUGAAACCUGUGAGUGUUUUGUUGGAUUUGGUAUCCAGUUUAUAUCAUCAAAUCAGUGUAACACAACAUGCCCCGGCAACACACAGGAAAAGUGUGGAGGUCCCCAGGCCUACACCACCUACACAACUAGGACUCUAAAGCAAGAAUCGAUUACACACACUUGUGCUGCGAUAGUGUAUGACGGUGAAACAUGGACAGAACAAGCAUCAGAUUGCAAUCUACAGUUUCCAUUUAUUUACCAGGAAGAAGGUUAUUUGAAAUCAACAAAGAUUAACAAUACGAAGACAACGUGGAUGGAAAUGAGAGAAUAUAUAGACAACUCCCCUUAUAGGUUCUUCACGGAUGUAGAUGCACUGAAUAAAGGAAGGCUGCAUAUCCCUACAAAUGAAACAUAUUGGAUAUGUAUGUUCAGACGCAAAAGUAUUAUAUGGAACGACAGCCCAACUUUAGUUCAUGGAGACUUCACCGGUCAGUGUCUGGCGAUGGAAAGUGUGACUGUAUUGAGCUGGUUACUAAAAAAGAGGGACUGUGACGAUAAACUAAGGUACGUCUGUGAAACAUCAGAAGUGAGAGCUACUGUCGGACAAGUAGGCACCCCCUCCUCGACCAGCCCCCAUCCAUCUCACAUGGACGACAUUCGCAUCACCAUAGUUACUACCAACGUUACAACGGUGCUAACAACAGAGGUCCAGAGCCCCAAAGAAAUAUUAGGAAUGAACGUACAAAUGUAUAUUUAUAUCGUCAUUGGAGUCGGAUCGGCAGUGUUUGUGAGCUUUUUGUUUGGAUGUGGAAUCAUGAUUAGAAAAUGCUUGAGAACAACGCCGAAAAACAACAACGCUGAAGUUACGAAAACAAGCGUCGUAUCUUCUUCCGAAUGGCUGGAUACCAACAACAGCAUUGUAGGCUAUGAAGAGACCGAUGACAGCGGUAACGAUCCGGGAGAGGAACAUAUUUACAAUGAAAUAAUAGACGUGGACAUUGAUGUGAUACGGAUAAAUAAUUAUUCGGAACCUCUCCCGCUCAGAGAUCCCACCGUCACAACAUCUCGUGACUACGCAACUCCGUAUGACGCCAUCAAAAUAAAAGCCGGUAUCAAAAAAAUAAAGAGAAAGCGAACGAAAAAUUACAGUUCUGUUGGCCCAGUGUGUCCGGAUAAGGGUAAUUGUAGCAAAUAUGACAAUAAUGCCGAAGGUGACGUAUCGCGCGAUACAAAUCCCUACCACGUGUGUAAUUUGGAGGUAAAGGAGAAGGGUUCGGACGCUGCAAAAAUCGAUAAUUUAACAUCAAAUGUUGAUUUCGGCCCAAACAAAACUGAAUUUGUAUACUCGUAAAAAAUACCUCCGGAUAAUCGAUUUGUUUCUACAAAAGAGUUCUAAUAACUUAUGCAUAUAUGAUGCUGGAAGUCUUACAAAAUGUUCAGCUGGUGAACAGUUCGUGUUACGGUGCUAAAUAUAAUCAGCUUAUUAUGUGUAUCAGUUAAAUAUGCAGCAACUAUAUCACAAUGUUGCUAAAUGGCAUUUUAUCACUAGCACAGUGGCCCAAUAUGAAUACCAUGUAUCAAUGUCGCUAUAAUAUUGACAAUCAUCAUCGGAGUUCCGUGACUGGUAUUCCUGGUCGUGUACAUGUUUCCAGCUUAUUUGAAUCAAUAAUUUUGCAUACUAUAAUUAUACAAAAAUACUUCUUUAAUUCCUCGGAUUAUGUUCUAAUAUUCCUGAUAUUGCUUAUGUAUGCUCUUCUGUGAUAGUUAAUGGUGUCUUAAAUCAUCUAACUCAGAUAAUUUAAACUUUUGGACAUUAAAACGCUUGCCUAUUUCAUAACUGUGAUAAUUGUAUAACAUGUUAUUGUUGAACACUUUUUUUGUAUUAGUGGAUAAAUAUCCAAUUUAUUUCAAUGAUUAUGUACGAGUUAUAAAUGACAAAAUUUACAACUUUU